AUGAACUUGUCGAAUAUAUCUGCCCUGUUCCUGCACGCCGAAAACGCCUACUUUUAUGCUUUGGCGCUUUUUAUCUUCGUCGCUGGAUGGAGGCCGGACUUGAGCGGAGCUCGUCGGCUUGCGCAGCUGCUGACGCGGCUGGUGGUGCAGCCGGGGGGUGUUGCUGCUGCUGCUGCUGCUGCUGCUGCUGCGCCGCAGCAGCAGCAGCAGCAGGCCGCCGCUGCUGCGGAUGACGCUGCUGCUUCCCCCUCUGCUGCAGCAGCAACUGACGCCCCCACCCACGUUGAGAGGCAGCGCGAGGUUUCUGCUGCUCAGCUUUACUUGCUGCUCACGAACUUGGAUGAGUUUCCUCGUCUGGCAGCUUUGUUUCGAAGCAUAACGCGUUCGCUGUUCAUCGGGGUGGACAUACACCUGGCGCCCGCAGAUGCAUGCGACCUUUGCGACAUAGUUGAGCAGCUGCUGCAGCAGUUUGAGGGGCUGCAGCAGCUGCUGUACGAGCGGCCUGCGCCCCCCAAGAAAGCAGCAGCAGCAGCAGCAGCAGCAGCAGCAGCAGCAGCAAGUGCUGCUGCGGACGCAGCGCUCACGGCCGCAGGCGCGGAGCCCUUCGCGGGCCCCGCUGCUGCUGCAGCGGCGCCGCAGCAGCACCCGCUGCAGCUGCAGCAGCUACACAUGCAAGGCUUUGCUGCUGCUGCGCCUAUGCAGGAUGUGCAGCAGCUGCAGCAGCAGCAGCAGCAACGACAAAAUCCUUACCUGCAGGGGCUGCAGCACGUGCCACCAGCGCUGCAGCAGCAGCAGCGCAACAAGAGGCGAAGAAGUCUCGAGGAAACCGUAGUUUCCGUCGACAGCAGCAGCAGCAGCGACAGCAGCAGCCUCAGCAGCAGCAGCUUGAGCAGCAGCAGCCUCAGCUGCAGCACCACGGGGUUCACCACCAUGCGCAUGCAGCAGCAGCAAGCAGAGCAACACCGGCAGCAACUGCAGCAGCAACAUCAGCAGCAGCAGCAGGCGCUGCAGCAGAUCAUCAGCCCUCCGCAGCAGCAGCUCCACUGCCCACCGCAGCAGCAGCAGCAGCAGCAGCAGCAGCAGCAGCCAGAAGAGGGGCCCCUUGAAGAAGAUGUUUUAGAAAUGCCUUCUGCGAGUCAGUACGGAGUGUCCCGGCCGUGGCAUUUGGAGUACCGCAGGACUCGGGGGGCCCCCGUGGAGCCGCCGCUGGCAGCGCUGCGGGAAACGGCGCUGCUGGAUUCGCUGCUGGAUGACUUCGUAAACCCUCGUUUGCAGCUGCAGCAGAAGCACCAGACAACCCACCGGCUGAGCAGCAGCAGCAGCAGCAGCAGCAGCAGCAGCAGCAGCAGCAGACCCCCCGGCAGCGGAGAGCCACAGUUCCUUAAGUACACAAACCUCCUCGUGGCCCUUUGCGUGCGCAGCGCCUACGAGUUAACCCGCAGGUGGUGGGAGGGCCGCAAGCAGCAGCGGCAGCAGCAGCAGCAGCAGCAGCAGCAGCAGCAGCUCGUGCUGCAGCACGACCAGGAGCAGCAAGCUGAACACGAGCCCUGGCAAUUCGACGGAGACCCCGAAGAAAUGCAAAGAAGCUCCGACGAGGCAAGCGACUAG